UAAAAGAUGAAAUUGUGGUUGUAUUUUACUUAACUAGAUUUGUAAAUGUCGUCUGCAACGAUAUGCCGUUGAGCAAGCAAGAUGUUGACAGUCUCGUUUCAAAAAGGUGGCAAGAAGUGUCCCGCUUGCACCAAGAGCGUGUACGCGAACGAGGAGGUUCUCUCAGCUGGUAAAAGUUGGCACAAGGCCUGUUUCCGCUGCUCUGCUUGUGGCAGCACGUUGGACAGCACGACAGUCAGCGAUCAUGACGGGAAAUUGUUUUGUCGUCGCUGCUAUGGAAAGAACUAUGGCAUCGGAGGUUACGGGUUUGGUCAAGGGGCCGGUGUACUGAGUACUGAUGGCGCUGUCAAAGUUGCGAGACAAGGAUCUCCAGCUGAAAGUUCUGAACCAAAGUUUGGAGGAGCUCCCAAAUGCCCUCGAUGUGGUAAAUCUGUUUACAUGGCGGAAAAGAUGCUUGGGGCCGGACAGACAUGGCACAAGGGCUGCUUUAGUUGCAUUAAUUGCAGGAAACAUCUAGACUCAACCACAGUGGCAGAUAAAGAUGGUCAAAUAUAUUGCAGAGCUUGCUACGGUCGUGAGUUUGGUCCAAAAGGUGUCGGAUUUGGAGUCGGUGGCGGCACUCUUCAGACAUGAGUUUAAUAUCAAGCAACCAGGAGAACGAAUUACAGAGAUAUUAGUUGAGUAAAUUGCAAUUUUUUCUAAAAUAUAUAAGCAUGAUUGGUUGCUAUAUAGAUGACUGAAUUCUGUAGCUAUAGGUGUUGGUUGUGUGUGUGGCAGUUUCUAUUACAUUGUGAUAGAUCUGGAUAUCCUUUUGUCAAACCUAAUCAUCUUGCUUAUGUGAA